GGACAGUUUCAGCCCGACUGUUGUUUGGUGCGGAUAGCAGCAGACUUCCGGGCGCUCGUAGACGCACGACGCGCUCGAUCUUUUGCAAUGCGGAAAUUUGCCUAACUCGCCGUUUAACUGGGUGCACGUGUCCAAAGACUAAGUGUUCAAUCGUGGUUGAUCUCAUGGCCCUGAAAAGGCAAAACGCGCGGCAAAACCGCUACUGUACCAUCGGUAUCAUCUAUAUAGCAACCAUCAUCAGCCAAGCCAUGACUGACGAUCCGAGGUUCGCGGAGCCCAUACCAAAUGUUACCGUCGCUCUCGGAAGAGACGCUAGUUUGCCCUGCGUAGUGGAGAACCUAGGGAAUUAUAAGGUCGCUUGGAUCCACAUCGACAGGCAAAUGAUACUAACGAUACACCGACACGUCAUCUCACGUAUGCAGAGGUUUAGCGUCUCGCACGAUAACGCUAAAACGUGGUUGCUGCAUGUAAGCAGCGUCCAGCAGGAGGAUCGUGGUUAUUAUAUGUGUCAGGUGAACACCAAUCCGAUGAUCAGCCAAGUUGGAUACCUCCAAGUAGUGGUACCGCCGAAUAUAUUGGAUAGCGAGAGCACGCAAUCCACCGUGGCUAUAAGGGAGAACCAGAACAUCAGCCUGACUUGCAAAGCGGACGGCUUCCCCACCCCCAAAAUCAUGUGGAGGCGAGAAGAUGGUCAGCCCAUCACGUUUGAGCGCAGGAAGAAAGCCAAAGUGAACGUCUACGACGGGGAACAGCUAAAUUUGACUCGUAUCAGCAGGACAGAAAUGGGAGCAUAUCUAUGCAUAGCUACAAACGCGGUGCCGCCAUCUGUGAGCAAGCGCAUCAUCGUCGACGUGGAAUUUUCCCCAAUGAUAUGGGUACCAAAUCAAUUAGUUGGGGCCCCAGCAGGAACUGACGUUACCAUCGAUUGCCAUACUGAAGCAUACCCCAGGGCGAUCAGUUAUUGGAUGUACGAAAACGCAAUGCUGUUACCGUCGAAAAAGUACGGAACAGAGACUACCGAGAACAGCUAUAGGGCACAUAUGAAGCUCACCGUCAGGAACAUGCAAACGAAAGACUUCGGCAACUAUCGAUGUAUUUCGAAAAAUUCUCUUGGCGAAACAGAAGGUUCCAUCAGACUUUAUGAAAUACCAAUGCCAUCGACUCCUCCGAGAGCAACCGAGAUGAAGAGUGGUUCCAACAAAGAGAAUGGAGGUGGUAAACGAAACGUCAGCCGAGUUUUGGGUCAAGAUGAUCGUCCGAAGGUGAUGGUUUCGUCUUCGGAUAAGAAAGAUCCUCAAGCAGAACAGACGGUAGAGACUGGUUUAAGUGUAUACACCCCUCCAGGACCAAUUGGAUCAGGUUGUAUUAGAAUAUCGAAAUGGACUCAUCAAAUGGCGAUCGUAACAACAAUUCAUAUCAUCGUGCGUAAACCGUUUGGAUCGAAUUAAAUGUGACGUCGUCAGCUCAAAAGAAAUAUUUUUAUAGUUUUAAAAUCGGUUCGGCGGAGUCGGAAAAUGUGAAUGUGCCGCAAAUUUCUAUAAGACUGCUCAUUUUUGGAUUGCGCUUCAAUUUCGCUUCCUACGUCAUUAGUUUUACCGUAAUAUCCGUCAAAAACAUAUCGGCUAUAGAAGUGGGGUCUCGAAAGCAUUUCCAUAAGGGCGGGUCACAGACAAUCGAUCUGCAAGAACAUUUGUUUUGACUGCGAGGUGAAGUGUGCAUUUUUUCGCUUCUCUUAAAACGUAAAUGUUAGUUCCCUCACCAAAAAUCCGAAUAAAAAAGUAAAUUAAUAAAUAAAUAAAAAUCGA